AUGAGGGUCUGGAAGCUAUUAUCUAUUUUGCCUUCUCGUGGUUCCAUUUUGAAAAACAUAGAUGUUUUAUCAAAAAGAGCUGCAGCUAUUUGGAAGCCUCCUCCUAAUGCGCAUUAUAAAAUGAAUUUUGAUGGUGCUUCUCGUGGAAACCCUGGUUUGGCAGGAGUAGGUAUGGUGAUUUUUGACCAUCAUGCUAAUAUUGUACAAGCUAGAUGUCAUGCGAUUGGGCAUCAGUCCAAUAACUUUACAAAAUUUAAUGCCCUGUCUCUGGGCUUAGACAUGGCUAUAUCCUUGAGCAUCAAGGAUCUUGUAAUUGAAGGGGACUCGAUGGUAACUAUCCAAUGUGUUAUGAAGAAGAAAUCUAACUGUUGGAAAUUACAAUAUGUUCUGGAGUUAAUUUUACAACAAUUGGCUUUCUUUGAUUCCUUCUUGAUCACUCAUUGCUUCAGAGAAAUUAACAUUAUAGCGGAUUUUUUGGCAAAUUUAGCCAUUGACAUUAAUGCAAAUUUGUGGGAUAUAAAUAUGGAAGAGAUCCCGCCUUCCCUUCUGAAACAUUUGCAUUAA